UCUUCCCCAACUCUAACUACUACCUCCUCUUUUACUUUUUCCUCUAUCUCCCUUACUUUCUGUUCUACAUUUGUAUCUCUCCCAUUUCCCUCCGACAUUCCUAACUGCUUUAUUCUGCAUUCCAUCUCUUUCAUUCUAUUUUCCAACUGCCUUACUUCCUUAUCCCGUUGAUUUUCUCUGUUCUUUAUUUCUCUCCCUAAUCUCCUGCAUUUCUUCCGCCCUUUUUUUCUUAUUCCUUUGCAUGCCUGCUUUUAUAUCUCUUACUUCUGCCACUUGCUGAGCUGUCACCUUUUGGAUUCCCUCACUACAUGCUUUUGUAUUUGUUCCAAUUCGGUUUUCCGCCCUCCCCCUUUCCUCUCUUUCCCCACUUCCUAAUUUCAUCUCUGUUCUAAUUAUAUUCCUAAAUUUACCCAACGUUCCUGUUCCCGCUCUUAGUGCCUUCUCCGCCUUUGUCGGCCGCCCUCUCUUUGUCCUUCUCAACUCCGUCCUUCCUUUUCCCAGCGUUCCUACCUUACCGAUCUCUUAUUACAAUUUCGAAAUUUCUAGUUCGGAAUUCUGCCCACCGUUACCUAUUUUCGCCUUGCGUUCAAACCUUCAAACUUUCUGUCCUUUAAACGACUGCCUUAUACCCUUUUUGUCCGUUAUCCUAUUCCCCUCCUUUAUUUCCCCUUACUCUUAACACUUAUCUACUGUGUAUAACCACACACAUCACUUAUCGUAUUCCUUUAUUUUUAAUACAAAUCACGUUUUCACAUUCUUCUCACUCGCAUACUACGAUCACGCUUUCACGCCACCUAACCAAGUCCCCAAUAUAGAACAUAUACAGGGUGUUAACAAAUAUGUAGGACAUUUUUUCAGGAUCAAGUCUUCAUACCAGUACAAUCGAAAAGUCUGUUACCAUUUUGCGAUCUGAGGCUUCAUUGUUGAGAUAUAAGCGAUUGAAAUUUACAGGCGGACUUCCUGCGCGGGUUGUUUAAAUCCCUGUCAGCUGAAUGUGUGGUCGCACAUGGACGCAUUCACAUCACGUCACAUCGGAGGAAUGAAACAAGAUGGUAAAAGUGAACUUCAAUUUUGCAGUGAGAAAUGUUUGAAUCAGUAUAAAAUGAAUAUUUUUUGCCACGAAACACAAACUUAUUUAAUGCUUCACGGUUUAAACAAUGUGUCUUGCCACGAAGCGGAAAAGGCUAACUUAAUAACACCAGAACUUUGGUUUCGAAGUUGUCAGUCGCCACUGAAUAGCCCAACAGAAGACACAUAUAUAGGAAACGAACACGUAACCCCAACUUUGUUACCACCCCCUCAUGACCGAGAGGAGGAAACAGAACAAACCGAGAUUGAGAGACCAGUAGAAUCAAAUCGAAAAGCGACGAGAAAACGGAACUCAUUUUGCAUUCGAAUAUGUACCAAAGCCAACGAAAAGAACACGAAUUUUCGCACAGAAAUAAAUAAAAACGAUGACAAUGAUAUAAAAGAACCGAUACUGACAAUAGGAGAAAACGAGUUCUGUCAAUUCAUAAAUAAUCAAAAUCAUUGCGAGGUGAGAUGUACAGAAGAAACUGCCCCGAGCAGGAAGAAUUUUAAAAAGUAUCACAGAUUGACAGAUGUUAUAGAUGGCGACCCAUACGAUUGUCAGCAGCGUGAUAAUACAUUUCUUGGAAAAAACAUAUACGUAAAAAAUAUCAAGGAUUUGCAAGAAGUGAGAGAGCGUGAUCCACAAGAAAAUGUGUUAAAAUCAUCGACUUUGUUUUCUAAUUCCACUGCGUCUGCAAUUCAAUGCGAGAAUCCAUUUGUAGUUAAAUCCUUCGGGUAUGAAUCUAAUCGAACAAAGUAUAAAAAACAAACUAGGGCGUCUUUGCAAGGAUUUUCUUCUGUACGCUCUAAUCAAGCCGAAUCCUCCGUUCCAUUGUCGACAACUCUUUUACCUCCUGUCACAAUCCUUGUACCGUAUCCCAUACCUGUGCCUAUACCAAUUCCUAUUCCUAUUCCUAUAACAAGUCCAAUUCCUAGUAAGGUAAUGUCCAGCGAACAGGAAGUUUCUCUAACACCCAAAGACACGAAAUGUGAAAAUUUGAAAUACAACGAUUCAAUAAAAAGCAAAUGUUCCGUGACACAUGAAUCACAAUUGUGUAUAAAUGCAAGCGUAUCGACGAUGGAGAGCUCGCAACAUUCAACUUCAGCGAAACUUUCUUUAACAUUGUCACCUCCUAGCAAUAAGAUCGUGAACAACGAUAACGCGUAUUCGUUAAAACAUAAUACAAAAUUCUCAAGAAAACGGAACCGUUCAAAUGAAACCAUUAAUCGCGAGCACGAAGAUCUUCAGUUGAAGAAAAGGAAUAAAUUCAUAACAGCUUGAGGAAAAGACAACUUUUAAAUAAAUAUUUUUUGAUAUGAUAUAUAUAAAUUAAGCGAACAUUCUUUUCCAUAUACGAUAAAUAAUUUAAACAUAUAAGCUAUAUUUUUUAUAGCAAUUGAAUAUUUAAUGAAACGCGAUAAUUUUAUUGUUUCAAUGAAAUAAAAUUAUAUUUUGCAAUUACAACAUAACUUAUUAAUAAUUCCUAUCAAAUUAUACUUAUCGGUGCAGGGAGCAAUUUCAACAGUUGGUGUUUGCCACCCUUAAAAG